AUGGCGUUCCAGUUUCUUGGAUACGAUGCGGAAAUGGCCCAAGGAGCAAGGAGUUUUGUAGCAGAACGCGCUCUACUAAGAGAAGUGGACAGCCCCUUUGAUUUGGACGAGGGCCAAUUUAAAAGGUUAUACCGGCUGACCCCAAAUCUUGUUUAUGAAAUCAUAGACAAAAUUGGCAGUCGUCUUGAAAGAAAAUAUGUAUCAGCAUUAUCGGCUGAAAAAAGGGAAUUCAUCGAUUUUCAGGUGCUUGCAGCGCUUCGUUUUUAUGCGACCGGCUGCUACCAACGGCCAGUGGGAGAGCAAUGGGGACUCUCAAUGAGUCAGUCUUCCAUUAGUCGUUCAAUUCAUAGGGUAACUGAUGCCCUAAAUGAAACUAUGUUUAUGGAAAACGUACGUUACCCGAUGACGGUAGUUGAACGACAGGUUGCUCGAAGUAAUUUUUCAGCAGCGCGUGAGCCCCUUGAUGGCGCUAUUGGUGCAAUUGAUUGCACGCACAUAGCAGUUAUCGGGCCAAACGAUCAUGAGGAGGCAUACGUUAAUCAUCACGGCUAUUACUCGAUAAACGUUCAAAUGCUUUUUAAGACAGUGGUUGUUUUUUUACAGGUGUGUGAUUCGAACCUCAAAAUUUUGAAUGUAAAUGCGAGAUUUCCCGGUGCACGUCAUGAUGCAUAUAUAUAUGGAAUGCAUCCGCUGUUCGGAGAGCAAUGA